AUGGAGCUUUCUAGCUCCAGGGAUCUGCACACGUCGGAUUUAGAUGUCUCAAUGGAUACGUGGAACAACUUCUAUGCUUGCCUGGUGUCCUUAUGGCUGCACAGAUUUUACAUCUAUUCUGCUGUUGCUUUUGGGAUAAGCAUUUGGAUCGUCAUUCAGUUCACCACCACCAAAACCAAAAAGAAGGGUGAAAAAUCCAAUGGGAAUCCCGCUUCUUCUGAAGGAAUAGAAGACAAACUAGUAAAUGGAUAUGCCACCCUGCAGGCAAAGGAGGUCUAUGUUGCUGGGGUAAAGAUUUUCUAUGGGUCUCAGACUGGCACAGCAAAGAGAUUUGCCAAAGGUCUGGCUGAAGCAGUUAUUUCCCUUAAUUUGCCUGUGGAAGUCAUUAGCAUGGGAGACUAUGAUCCAGAUGAUUGUUUAUCAGAGGAGACAACCAGCAGGAACAUUUGUGUGUUCUUGGUAGCUACGUACACAGAUGGACAGCCAACCGAGAGUGCAGCGUGGUUCUGCAAGUGGUUAGAAGAGGCUGCGAAUGACUUCCGCUUUGGGAAAACGUAUCUGAACGGCCUGAGAUACGCUGUGUUUGGCUUGGGAAAUUCAGUUUAUGUUGAUCACUACAACACAGUUGGAAGAAAUAUUGACAGGUGGCUGUGGAUGCUCAGUGCCAGCCGUAUCAUGACUCGUGCCGAGGGGGAUUGCAACGUGGCCCAGAGCAAGCAUGGCAGCAUUGAGGCUGACUUUGAAGCCUGGAGAGCCAAGUUCCUCAGUCGGCUCCAGGCCCUCUGCAGAGGGGAAAAGAAGCCCUGCAGUGGGAAGUGCAAGAAAGGGAAGUGCAAAUCUCCGGGGAAGCAGAGCAAGGAGAGCUCAGAUCAUGAACAUGGGGCAUCAGAAUACGAGAAUACUGAGGCAGAGGAGUUGUUUGAAACCAGUAGUGAGGAGGAGGCUGAUGCCGAGGAAGCUGGAGGCACAAAUUCUGUCAUCGAUGUUGAAGAUCUUGGCGAUAUCAUGAGCCACAUGAAGAAAGCAAAGAGAGAACGUGAGCUCGAGGAAGGAGAUGUUGGAACGAGCUUGACUCGAGAGAACGCUGGGAGGAAGGAGGAGGAUGAAAAGAGAGAGAUGAUUACCCCGGCUCUGAGAGAAGCGCUCACAAAACAAGGUUACAAACUGAUUGGAAGCCAUUCUGGGGUGAAGCUCUGUCGGUGGACAAAGUCGAUGCUUCGAGGCAGAGGAGGCUGCUACAAACACACGUUUUACGGAAUUGAGAGCCACCGCUGCAUGGAGGCCACGCCGAGCCUGGCUUGUGCAAACAAAUGCGUCUUUUGCUGGAGACAUCAUACAAAUCCAGUGGGCACGGAGUGGCGAUGGAAGAUGGACCAACCUGAAAUGAUCUUGCAGGAGGCUAUUGAGAACCAUCAGAAUAUGAUCAAGCAGUUCAAAGGCGUGUCGGGAGUAAAAGCAGAUCGCUUUGAGGAAGCGAUGACAGCAAAGCACUGCGCGCUCUCGCUGGUGGGAGAGCCCAUCAUGUACCCAGAGAUCAACCGCUUUGUGAAGCUCCUGCACCAGCACAGCAUCUCUAGUUUCCUGGUUACAAAUGCACAGUUCCCAGAUGAGAUUAGGAACCUUGAGCCAGUAACGCAGCUGUAUGUCAGCGUGGAUGCCAGCACCAAAGAGAGCCUGAAGAGAAUUGAUCGACCCCUCUUCAAGGAUUUCUGGCAGAGGUUUCUGGACAGUUUAAAGGCCUUGUCUGAAAAGCAACAGCGCACUGUUUAUAGGCUGACACUGGUGAAGGCUUGGAAUGUGGAUGAACUCAAAGCGUAUGCUGACCUGAUAUCCCUCGGUAAACCAGACUUCAUCGAGGUCAAGGGCGUGACGUACUGCGGUGAAAGCUCGGCCAGCAACCUCACCAUGGCCAACGUCCCCUGGCACGAGGAGGUGGUGCGCUUCGUCCAGGAGCUGGCCGACCUCAUCCCCGACUACGAAAUUGCGUGCGAGCACGAACACUCGAACUGUCUCCUGAUAGCUCACAAGAAGUUCAAGAUCAAUGGCGAGUGGUGCACCUGGAUCAACUACGACCGCUUCCAGGAGCUGGUGCAAGAGCACGAGAGGAGCGGCGGGUCCAAGACUUUCACAGCGGCCGAUUACGCAGCCAGAACUCCUCUCUGGGCGCUGUUUGGGUCCAGAGAAAGGGGGUUCGAUCCCUUGGAUGUAAGAUACCAGCGGAAGAACAAAGCGAGAGACAUCUCUGGGUGCUGAGGCUAGGCUGGGGCUCGCUGAACUCUGGGCUGGCUGGCUGCUGAGUUUUGGUCUCCGUUUCUAGGCUAACACCGAUUUUGAAUCUAUUCACCUAGAUUUUUCUGACGUUUGAUAUUGAGAGAGAGGGUAAAGCCUUUAUUUAACCCUUCCCUCCUGUUUUUAGGGCUGCUUGGAUGAAAAUAUUUAUAAUGCUCUCUAUCUCAAGAUAAAUCACAAAUGGUGCAUGCCAGCAAUUUAUCGUAACUGGCAGCGUGAUGAGGGAGGCAGUGGCUGUGGUCUCCACAGCGGAGAGUGUUUGGAGUUGGAUGUGGAGGGGGAGCGUUCGUUUGACUUCUGUGCCCUGCUGCAAGGAGAGCCCGGCACGUGCUGGCGCCCAACUCGGCAGCAAAACGUUCCGCGUCCAUAAGGGUAAGUGCCAAGGGGAUUUCAGCGCCACAGGCUGGUUGGAUCUGUGCAGGUGGGACCGCAGAAGGAUCUGGAUCUAAAAGCCUGAGCCCUGCUGGAAGUAUCAUUGUACAGACAGUAACAAAGAUUUAUGCAUUUUAAACACUGGUGCCAGUUGCUGUAAAGACCCCAGCCCCAAGAAGCUGAAGCUUGGGAAUGGUAUAUGUAACAGCACUGCUCUUAAUAUCGUCUGCAACUUCUGGUAUCUCCAAAUAUUUUCCAGCUUCAUGGGUUUGGCAAUGAAUAUUUUCCGAAUAGUUUUACCCCACUCCCCCAGCAGCCUUAAACAACACAUAUAAUUCUUCGAAGCCCCGUUAGGCUCCCGCUGUGUGUGUCCAGUGUCCUGCUGAUGGUGAGGACGUGCUGUGGGGGCCAGCAGGCUUGGGUGUCAGCAGAUGGCUUCCUUCGCUCCACAUGGACAAGUCGACGGUGUCGCUGCUGGUUUGGGUGGAGGUGGUAAUCUGGUGUAAGUGAAAACUGAAUCUGGUUGAGAUCUCUUGUGUCAAGAAACAAACUCUUUUAGUUUGGAGAGGUGAUGUCUAGGCAUGAGGUCCAGUGACGUGACCCCGGGUGUUGUUCUUGGGGACCCUGGGCCGUGCCUGGCACUCUGUUUGGAGGUACUGCAGCCUGGCUGGAAAAUUGCAUUUAAAUGGGAGGGGGAUGGGUUGUUUUCCGUCGGGGAAAAUCCCCACUUCAUGUGCCGACGACCUUUCCCUUUCUGUUUCUGCAACAUCCGCGUCGGCUGCAGUCCCCAACGAGUUGCAAAGGAUCAGUGUGCAAACACCCGGGACAGACCCCCGAUGGCCGGUUGUGCCUUCAGUUGCUGAAUGGCUGAACUAGGCUACAACGCUACCGCUUCCCGGCUAGCCUCCCGCAGCUCUGCCGAUGGCUUCCACCCUUCGGCAGCCUGCCGUGGGGCAGGCGUGGGGCAGCGCUGGCCGCUCUCCUCCUCCCUCCCUGUGCCCAGCCAGCCUUUUGGGGUGAGCGGGCUGUGGUGUGGGAGGACGGC